AACCGAAUGUAGUUAGAAAUUAGUAUUAGUGUAAAUAAUUAAACAUGUAGGUUUAAUGAACUAUGAAGGUGGCGCUCUUUUUGAGUUAUCUAUAUUCUAUAUGCCAUAAAGUACUUGGCUGACAUGUAAAGAGGUUAUAUUUCUUCGUGUCUAUUGUAUAGUAUAGAAUCUAUACUAUUUAUAUUGUUUGUGAAGUUGUAAACAAGUUUUAAAGAUAGUUUCACCGCCAAAAACACGUAAAAGUGUAGAAGAAAUAGUACACAAGGCUAAAUUCCAUUGUUGGUGAAUGUUAUCGAAUUAAUAAGCUUCUAUGACAGUAGAUUGUCAAAAAAUUUAAGGGAAGGCAAUGGGUGCAACGUCAAGUCGGUACGACGAUCUGUCUAAAAAUGUUUAUUUGGAAAGGUUUUGUGGGAAAAAGAGUAUUCUUCCAAACGAUUCAUUCUGGGAUACCUUUUUAUCCUACAAUGUGCGCCCGCCUAUUACGAGAAACGAUCAAAUAGAGUUAGAUUCCCGGUUGGACUCGUUGUGCCAACAAUUGCUUGCUAACAAUUUAACCACUGGCAAUUUUGGCACUUUGAUACAAGUUGUUCUUACACGUGCCAGCAACUUGCUCGCAUCUGUGCAAAAUCAGAAAAUCAUAUCCGCAUGGCAAACAUAUAAUGCAUUGUUCGCUGUAAGAUGUAUAGUAAAGUAUUUGAUUGAAACGGUUGGCGAAGAAGAAAUGGUAAAACAUAUAGAAGCACCUGAAUUACCUGUGCUAACACAGUCGAAUUCGUCGUACAGAUUAGAAGAACUUUUCGAAGCAUUAAUCGACAUUGUAACAGAUGUACCAUUAUGUGAAUUCACGUAUGUUGUCCAUCUAGAAGCGAUAAAUUGCUUGCUAGUUCUACUUUCUGUACAACUGUUUUCACAAACUGCAGCUGAGUAUAGCAACAUUUACAAAAUAGCUAUGCAUUCGCAUUCUAGCGAACAUGCACCCGCGAUGGUGUGCACGUUAUUGCAUAAUUUUGUACAGCAAGAACAUGCUCCUCCAGGUUUACUCGCACAUCAGCCAGGAGGAAGUAUAGUUUUCAGUAUAGCUGCUGGAUUGUGGAAUGUAAUUACAAUGGGUAUGGGUAGUAGUUUAAAGAAUGUGCAAGUCACAAGUAAUGGUAUUUCUGAAGAGGAGGAAAGAAAACGUGAUACAGAAACGCCUCUUGCUAGUCAGUCUUUAUUAUUGCUAUUAGUUUUGACGAAUCAUUGCACCGCUAUGCAAAACCCAUACAGAAAUGCACUAUUCGCAUUUGUUGAUAUGGAAGAAGACUGUAUUUCUGCGACGAAAACGAAAGAUGCAUUUAGGUUUAAUUUGAAUAAAUUGUACAGUACUAUAUGUAAAAUACCAAACACGGAUGAAGUUACGUUAUUAUUAUAUAUGUUGCUACAUAGAAAUUCGAGCGUAAAACAAGACAUUAUGAGAAGACCAGAUAUACAACUAUUGGUAAUACCAAUAUUGCAAAUAUUAUAUUACGCUCCAAACAAUACGUCUCAUCAUAUUUAUAUGUCUCUCAUUAUUCUCCUAAUUUUAAGCGAAGAUGAAACGUUUAAUAAGAGAAUACAUGAAAUUAUGCUGAAAGGUGUAAGUUGGUACACGGAAAGAUCGAUAAGCGAAAUAUCGUUAGGCGGUUUACUAAUUCUCGUCGUUAUAAGGACAAUACAAUACAACAUGUUUAAAAUGAGGGAUAAAUAUUUGCACACAAAUUGUUUAGCGGCUUUGGCAAAUAUGUCAGCGCAAUUCACGUCGUUACAUCCUUACGUCAGUCAAAGAUUAUUAAGCUUGUUCGAAACUCUUGCAAAAAAACACGUUAGACUGGAAUCGAAAAUACACGCACAACCUUCCACUUCUUCUGAUACCAUUAUUACAGUAAAUGGAACUACCACAAAUACAGAUUUGAUUCAAGACUUAACGAUUCUCGAAGAAGUACUGCGAAUGGUAUUAGAAAUCAUAAAUAGUUGCUUAACUUAUAGACUCGCACACAAUCCAAAUUUAAUAUACACGCUUUUGUAUAAGAAAGAUAUUUUCCAACCAUUCAGAACACAUUCAGCGUUUCAAGAUAUUGUACAAAAUAUAGAUUCUGUCAUAAACUUCUUUUCUUACAAAUUGGAGCAAAAGGAUCAGUCGCAACUUGGAGUUAGUCAGGUAUUAACCACAAUACAACAAGGCACCAGCGAAUGGCCACGCGACCGGUUAAGGAAAUUUCCAGAGCUAAAGUUUAAGUACGUAGAGGAAGAACAGCCAGAAGAAUUCUUCAUUCCUUACGUAUGGAGCAUAGUUUGUCAAAGCGCACUAUUACAUUGGAGCGCAGAGAAUAUAAAAUUAUUUUCGUCUCACAGUGGCGAGCAAACAACGAUUAUAGUUUGCUGAUAUUGAGGAAAAAGCUGCUGCUCGCAGUAACUAUACGUAAUAGAAACCAAGUAAGAAAUAUGCGAGGCAAUAUUUCGCAACAGAACACUUAUUUGAUACAGAAAGGAAACACUAUUUUGAUUAUUUAUUGUAAAAGUAAACGAAAGAGGGUAAAAUAGAAGAAAAUUGUUUAAAAAUACAUAUUCAUUUUACGUUUGGAAUCUAUUUAACGGUAUUUGUCUUUCGCCUUUGUCGGUGCUUCCCUUGAUUAUAUUAUUUUAUUUUGAUAACAGUCUUUGAUCGAGUUUAAAAACAGUAAUACUACGAAAUAUUAUAGGGUGGUUUAAUGUUUAAUGCAUGAGCCUAAUUAUGGUAUUAUAAAGCGAUUGUGGUUCGUGAAUGCUAAUAUAAACGUAUUCGCUGUACAGUAACAAUUAAAUUCGAUAUCAUAA